AUGGCCGUAUCUCCCGAGGCAGUUCUUGGAACUACUGUUGCAUUUUCUUUUAUUCUCUUCGGAAAUGCUAUCACCCAGUCGUUCAUGGGUGUUCCCGCUUUACUAGUUGACUUCCCGCCGCCAUCGUCGCCCGAGCACGCAGCCCGCGCGCGAUUGCUUGGUCGACAGUGGCCCGUAUUCUGGGUUGUAGGCAAUCAAUUCUUCAGGCCGAUUAGUACGCUCGGCAUCUUUGGCUACGCCUAUACAUCAUGGGCAGCCUCUGCGCAGGGACCGGAUGGCAGACUUGGUGACUGGCGGCCGUACGCGGUAUCGGCGCUGUGCCAUCUCAUCACCGUUGUCCAUUCCGCGGCCAACAUGCAGCCUAUCAACCAGAAAAUAGAUGCCCUGCGUGAGCCUAAGGGCAAAGUCGACCCGAAGCAGGCCGAGAGUUACGCUCGUAAAUGGAUUAAAUUCAAUACCGUGCGCCUCAUCACGCCGGUUGUUGCUGGGUCGUUGGCUCUCUACCAGUUGUUGAAACUACAUUAG